AGACGCCAUCUUGGCUCAAGCGAAAGUCGCUAGCGUGGGAAUCUCACGCCGCUUCAGCGUAGCUUGAGCCAAAAUGUCCCACCCUUGCUGCAGUUCGUAGUAACCUUCUCCAUUAAACCUUUGGGGGAGGGAUAUACGAGAGCUGUCGCACAAACUACUUCUUCCUCCACUUCUGUGGAACACUGGAAAAUGGCCUAGCUGUUCCUGGAGGUAUCCUGCAGAUGUCAAAAACAGUACCGCUUGCUUAUAUGACACGAAGUAUGUUGGAUUUUUCCCGCGGAGUUUCAUGGCUGAAUCGUGCGUGAAGAUGAUGAUGAUGAUGAUGAUGAUGAUGUUGGGGAUUCCACCGAUUUGGCUGUCAAAUGUUUGUGAAACUGGAUGAGACAAGGGCUCUGUCAAGAGCCUUUGUGCAGAUAUACCUGCAAUUACUGAAGAGGACCUCUGAGCAGGUUCACAAGGAACUUGGCAGGGUGGAGUUUCUUGACCCAUGGAGAAUUACUUUCAGGCUGAGGCCUUUAACUUGGACAAGGUGCUGGACGAGUUUGAACAGAACGAAGAUGAAACGGACACGCCGACUCUCUCGGAUGCCAAGUGGACCCAGAUUCUCGCUCCGCCAUCACACCUCCUUUCCCUGAAUCCAGCACUGACCCACUCCGACCUCAGCCCAAGGGACAGUCCUAUCAGCUUCAAGCCGCUUCUAGAUGCCCAGACGUCAGAUGGGUCCUCUUUGGCUGAGGUCACCAGGUUAGAUGGGAAACAGGGGGUGGGGCAGCAGCCAGAGGGCUGGAGUGAAGAACGGCCAGCAGAUGUUCACAGUCCUCCUCUGCCCCAGCCUAACAUUGGCAAGCUGGUGAGCACUGAUGGGCAGUUGGCAGACUUGUCGUCCUCCAACAGAGUGGUGCUGGAAAACGGUUAUCCAUCUAGUCCUGAUUUUAGCAAUCGGACAGACAUUCUUCCGGUCAAAGAAGAUGAGACGUGUCAAAAUGUUAUAGAAGUGCAAAGUAUUAAGGACACUGGUCCCCGAGAGUUUAAGAGGGAGCAGAAUGGUACUGACAAGGGAAGUGGUAGUGGUCUUCAAGAUUUUACCGUUAUUGAGGAAGAGUGUGGGAAUGGGCCACCAGUUUUGAAUAAUGCUGUUAAGAUGGAGGCAAGGCAGUCUGACAAUGGUUCGUCUGUACGUGAGGUCGGAAUGAGAGACUGUAAUCUGGCAUUUCCAGAAGGAAGUAAUCCCCAGAAAGCAGAAGCAGUUUUGCACAAAUCGGUGAAUGGUGACGGAGAACUGGAUUGCGAGAGGGAGAAUCAUGAGGGUGCCUUUCAAAAUGGUGGACUGGUUGAGAAGGAAAGUGCAGUGAAAGAAACCUGGGCGUCAAAACAGGAAGAGAAAGAGAAAAUGAUAGAGAGUGACCGUGAGGGAAUGCACAGAGAGUCUGAAUCAUCGGGGACGGAGAUAUCCAUGUCCAAUGGUCUGAUUGUGGAUCAUGGUGAAGAUGCACAAAGCCAGUCAGCAGCCCCUUCAAAGGAGGACUCUGUGACGGAGGAAAAAGAAAUGGAGGAAAGCAAACAAGAGUCUUGUGAUUCAGUUCGAGGACUGGAAUCUGGCAGAAUAAGCAAACUCAACAACAGCCGGCUACAGCCUGUCAGCGUUCCCUAUGGUGGUGCCCGCCCAAAACAGCCUGUCAGUCUGAAGCUGCAGAUUCCCCAGCCUUUCUCAAGCCAAGUCCAGAAUGAAUUUGGCUCCACUGGCAAGAACAAGAAUCUGGAGCCACAGAGUAGGACAGGAGGCCUUGAGGCGUCUUGUGGAACAGCGGAGACUGAUGUUGUUCGAAUGAAUGGAGAGCAUGGAGAUAGCUCGUCAGGCUUACUCAUCCCUUCUGAGAGUCCAGACAAUGACCUCCAGGCAGGACAGCAAAUCAAGAAACCCUUCAACUCUUUGGGGGAAGUGGCUCCUGUUUGGGUUCCUGACUCCCAAGCACCCAUUUGCAUGAAGUGCGAGGUCAAGUUCACCUUUACUAAAAGAAGACAUCAUUGUCGUGCUUGUGGCAAGGUGUUCUGUGCUGCUUGUUGUAGUCUGAAAAGCAGGUUGAUGUACAUGGAUAGAAAAGAAGCCAGGGUAUGUGUUACCUGCCACCGUGCACUUAUGAAUGAUCCUUAUUUAUCAGCUCAAGCAUGGGAGAACAUGGGAGGAGGUUGCAACCAGAGCCCAAAUCCCAACAACCCAGCUGAGUACUGCUCUACUAUUCCUCCUCUCCAACAAGCCCAGGCAUCGGGAGCGCUCAGCUCCCCACCUCCGACCGUUAUGGUGCCUGUUGGUGUCCUAAAACAACCAGGAUCUGAAGGCUCUGUUCCUCGAGAGCAAAGAAGGGUUUGGUUUGCUGACGGCAUUUUACCCAAUGGGGAAGCUACAGACUCAUCUAAAGGGCCGGCGGCAAACCCCAACCCCACACAGCCUGUGGCAGCAUCCCAGUACUCAAACAAAUCCUCAGGAGCCAAUGCUUCUGAGGCGGCCCGUGCCACCGGAGCACCGACGGCCAGCCCUGUGGGCAGCUCUCUCAGUCUGAUCCCAGAGGACGGACUUCCUCCCAUCCUCAUCUCCACGGGCGUCAAAGGAGGUACGGGAGGCCACAUCACAGACUAUGCUGUUGAGGAGAGACCUUCUGAGAUUGUGCUGAUGCAGCAGCUUGAGGAGGGCGGUCCUGAUCCCCUGGUGUUUGUCCUCAACGCCAACCUGCUGGCCAUGGUCAAACUGGUUAAUUAUGUAAAUAGGAAAUGCUGGUAUAUGACAACAAAGGGUAUGCAUGCCGUGGGCCAGGCAGAGGUUGUAGUGCUUCUACAGUGCCUCCCUGACGAGAAAACCAUUCCCAAGGAUGUUUUCAGCCACUUCGUCCAGCUGUACCGGGAGGCUCUCACAGGAAAUGUGUUAAGCCACCUGGGCCACUCCUUCUUCACUCAGAGCUUCCUGGGCAGCAAGGAGCAUGGCGGCUUCCUUUACAUUAGCCCCACCUUCCAGACCCUGCAGGACCUGCCGUUGCCUAACCCACCCUACCUCUUUGGCAUUUUGGUGCAGAAGUGGGAGACCCCCUUGGCCAAGGUCUUUCCCAUUCGGCUCAUGCUCCGCCUAGGGGCGGAAUACAGAUUUUACCCCUGCCCACUAUUUAGCGUUCGCUUCAGAAAACCCCUCUUUGGAGAAACUGGUCAUACCAUUAUGAACUUAUUGGCAGAUUUCCGUAACUACCAAUACACCUUGCCGGUGGUGAAGGGGCUGGUGGUGGACAUGGAAGUGAGGAAGACUUCCAUCAAGAUACCGAGCAACCGCUACAAUGAGCUCAUGAAGGCUAUGAAUAAGUCCAAUGAGCACGUGCUGGCAAUGGGAGCAUGCUUCAACGAGCGGGCGGAUUCCCAUCUUGUGUGCGUUCAGAACGACGAUGGAAACUACCAGACGCAAGCCAUCAGUAUUCAUCACCAGCCUCGCAAAGUGACCGGGGCCUCCUUCUUUGUGUUCAGCGGAGCUUUAAAGUCUUCAUCGGGCUACUUGGCUAAAACCAGCAUAGUGGAAGAUGGUGUGAUGGUGCAGAUUACAGCUGAAACGAUGGAGGCCUUACGGCAAGCCCUGAGAGAGAUGAAAGAUUUCAGUAUUGCCUGUGGGAAAGCUGAUCAGGAGGAGAACCAGGAGCACGUCCAUAUCCAGUGGGUUGAUGACGACCACAACGUCAACAAGGGUGUGAUCAGCCCCAUUGAUGGAAAAUCCAUGGAGUCAGUCACCAGCGUUAAGAUCUUUCAUGGCUCGGAGUAUAAAGCCAAUGGCAAAGUCAUCCGUUGGACAGAGGUGUUUUUCCUGCGGUGCGAGGACCAGACCAAUGGCCUGAGUGAUCCUGCGGACCACAGCCGGCUCGCUGAGAACGUGGCAAGGGCUUUCUGCAUGGCCCUGUGCCCUCACCUUAAACUUCUCAAAGAGGACGGCAUGGCCAAACUGGGCUUACGAGUCACGCUGGACUCGGAUCAGGUGGGCUACUUAGCAGGCAGUAACGGUCAGCCGCUGCUCCCCCAGUACCUGAGCGAUCUGGACAGCGCCCUCAUCCCAGUGAUCCACAGCGGGGCCUGCCAGCUGAGUGAAGGGCCCGUGGUGAUGGAGCUCAUCUUUUACAUCCUGGAGAUCAUCUCCUAAAACGAGGGAAUCCGUCCAGUCUCAGACUCAUGCCUCCCACCAGCUCGAGUCCCUCUUCGCUCUCUUUCUCUCUCAUUUGCACUUCAAAGAGCCUGAAAGCUGUGCAGGAACAAGUCCUCCAUACCACCUAUGCACCAUCUCCACUGGGCCGCCCUCUGCCCAGCCCUGCUGAAUGUGGUGCUCUUUCGUUUCUCCUCACCUCUCAACUCCACUGUGGAAACCAUAGGCCCUGUUGAGUCAAAAGGGGUGGUGACCCUGAAUUCGAUCUCUUCAGAACCGUCGUAGCAACACUAAGCUCCUCAAACACAAGAGGGCGCUCUGCACGCUCAGUCCUAAUGGAGAUGACCGACAAAAGGGAAGGCGCGCACCAUGAAACGGUUUCUGGUACAUAGUGCCUGGGCCUCUAUUAGAAACGAAGAAAGAGCUUCAGUCUCGCCUCUAAGCUUUAUGAAUCACCAGAUGCUUUAUUUCAUGUACAUGGACCUCGUUUUGCUGAAAAUGCUCCAAAGCUAAAAUGAUGUAGCUUCCUCAGAGCCGGGCUGCUUGGCAUGUUAGCGGAAAGAUAUAUGGAACAGUAUUAGGAACGUUGACGAUUGAGUGACUGUCGCAAAUGUCAAGAAUGGACCUCUGUUAUAGACUUUAUUAUUAUUAUUACAAGACAAUAAGACCCAAUAAUAAUUUCAAGCGGCCUUCAGGAAUUCAGCUACAACAUCAAGAUCCACGUAAUGGUAGGUUUUGACAUGACUGGAGGCCUCAGUCCAGUAAAGCUUUUAUAUUAGAUUUGUUUAGACCGGGAUAGAGGAUGAAAUGUCAUAGUUUCUCUGGGCCACUGCGUUUAUUAUCUCAUCCUAUCCCAUCUUUUCUCUCAACGUUUUAGUGGCCCAUGUUUAUAUAAUGUUCUGCCAGUGUUUUUAACACGUUCUCAUAUAAUGGAUUGUGUAAGGAAUAGCAAUGCAGUGCACGGGAUAUUAAGCCAUCGUUAGGAAAUAGAAGGAGGGAAUAAAGAAUGGGUUUGCUAAUAUUUACUAAUCUUUUUCUUUCUUUUUUUUUUUUUUUUUAAAGAUGAAUGUUAUAUUCGUAGAUGAGGAAAGGUUGGAUUUUUGUAUUUGGUUCCAAAGCCUUUAAAGGCCCCGAUAUACUUGAUUGAAAACAAAGGUUUAUUUAUUGUAUCCGUUUAAAUCGGCUUUGAAAGAAGAACAAAAACGAUAGCAGCAGUGUGGUGUAAUAUUUAUUUGCCUGCUACCUUUCCUUUCGUUCUUUUUCGUGGCUUUGGAAAUCUUGUAUUUCAGUGUUGUUUUUUUGCACAACUCCGGGUUGUUGACACGAGCUUCUGUUGUAAUUUCUUUUGUAGGCAUUAAUUGCUUAACGUUUAACUUUUUAUAUCGACUUGGAGAUGUUGCUCCAUCCGUCUUAAAGAAGAGUUUCAGAACACACCCACCGCUUGCGUAACCGCCUCAGACCAAUGGUAGCUCAAAGGUGUUUGGGAGUUUGGUUAGCUUUGGUGAGCCGAUUCAAACUGCCACAACGAACUCAAAACGAACUUCGUUUUGGCCUGAUUUUGUUCGAAAUGACGUCAUUUCGGUUCAUUCUUCGAUUUCAUUUGAAGUAUAUCGGGGCCUUAAUUCACCUGUCAGUUUGAGGUCUUUAAUGCCAUGAGCUUCUCAUAGUGUUAAAGGGACAGCUCACCCCCAAAAAAACAGUUCUGUCACUGCUUCAUAUCGUUACCCGCCCUCAUGUCGUACUGAACCUGUGCGACCUUCGUUCAUCUUCUGAACACUAAUUAAGAUGUUUUGGAUGAAUUCAGAGAGCUGACUCUCCCAUAGACGGCAAGGAUCAUCCUUACAUGAUCAUAGCUCAAAAACGCGUUUCAGAUGGAACGGCAUUUAAUACACCGAGCCGUAGUUCACUGGCAGGCUAAAAUAAGCUUACAAUAAUCCAUGUGACAUCAGGGGUUCAACCAUAAUUUUAUAAAGCUAUGAGAAUAUUUUUUGCGCGAAUAAUGACUUUAUUUAACAAUUUGUCUCUUCUCCAUCACCCUGUACUGGCAUUUUGGAGAGUUUCAAAAACGUAACGUAUGCAUGCAGAAACAAGUUCUUAACAAAGUGACAUAUGUAAUGUAUGCAAGAUUCUCCAAAAUGGUGCUAUAGGGAAGAGACGAAUUAUUGUUGAAUAAAGACAUGGAUUAUUUCAACGAUGACCUUGCUACGUUUCUGAACUCUUGGAAUUCAUUACAAAUGUCUUCAUUUUAUUGACAGAAUUUUCAUUUUGAGUGAGGUACGGUUACGUUAGUGAAAUUUUGGGCUAAAAGGUUCAUUGUCUGCUGUCAGUAGUGUUGGAUGUGUGAAGCACAGCUCGCAUAGAAAGCACUUUGAAAGCAAGCAACUUCAUGUUGGUCGACGCAGGUUCUGCGUCACACAGGAUUCAUGAUUGCACGGAUUGCUUUUUUGCCUUUAAAAUUUACUGAAGAACUGUAACUGUGACCAUACCUUCACGUGUUUUAUAUCCUUUUAUAGAUAUAAUAAUAUACCGUUAUAAAUAUGCUUUAGCAGGGCCUCAGACUGCUUCUGGAAUAGCUGCAAAUGCCACAAAAUACAAAUUUGAGGCAAAAAUUAAUAACAUUGUCAGGAAAUGUCCACUAAUGAUUUUAUACGAAACCCUUUAAUGUACAUGCAAAAUUUUUUUCUUUUUAAUUACACUUCAAUGAUGGGUUUUUGACGCGCGUCGGAUUUUGUUCCAGCAUGAUAAAUCAGAUUCAGUCACUGAAAUAUUCAGAGCCAUUACACUUUUCGCAAAACGCACUGAACUGCUAUGACUUGCUAUGUUUAUUGGUUCAGUCAUUUUAAAGUGCGUUUCGCUUCUAAAAUAGUUUUUAACAAAACGUGUUUGUUAGUCCGGAGCCCUGCUUCAGAUUCCCUAAUUCAGGUUGAUGCAUCUUGUCCUUAAGAUAAGUUCAUAAGCAGGAUAUUAUUUGAAUCAUCUUUUUGUAUCGAUGACUAACUAUAGUUAGCCAGCUCACUUAGGAACUCUCCCAAAACUGUAAACUACCAAUACAAGGAGCUUUUGUAAUUCAGGAUGUCGCUGUUGAUCACAUUUAAGAGAAAAUGGCAUUUGCCUUAAAUUCCUAAAAUGAUAUGUUUAUCAAGACAUAUUUCAAAGGUCUAGAUUGUCGAUCGCAUCUAAACUCGUAGAAAGACACUGUGACUGCGGAGUGUUUUUAACCAGCCCUCUUUUAACUAGCUAAAUAAGUGUUAUUAAAAUGGCUUCACGUGAAGUAUCUUGACUAUGACAAUCAAAUUAUAGUUAAUCUUUAGUCCGAUAGCAAAGCGAAGGUGGGAUGGUAACAUAUUGUCCUAUUUUGCAUAAUGACAGAUACGGUUGGUUUCAUCAGAUGGCCUACGCUUGAUGAAUGAGGACAGCGGCUGAUAUGAAGAUCCACAGCAAGUGAACCUCACAGGCCUUUAUUAACAGGUCAACAGUUGAGCCGUUUCUGGCUUUCGGUGAAGAGCGCCGCCAGCUUUGCAAGCAGACUGUUCAUGAAAAAUAAAUGGCAUUACGCGAAGGCUGCAUUGUCUUCCCACUAACACAGCUCAAAACAGCCUUUUGUUACUCCCCGUAUCCACCUUUGUCAUUGUUUUUCUAGACGUGCGGUAUUGUAUAUCUGCACAUUUCUAUAUUUUGUUAACCAUAGGCUUUUCCAUGUAAUUUUUAUUUCUUUUUUCUGGCCGGCCCAAAGUGUGAUGCAGCAUGCAUGCUGAAAAAUCAAGAGAACGUGUAGUUCUCAGAAAAUCUUUGCAUUUCGUCAGCAUUUCAGAGGACGAUCUGCUCGAAAGAACAGUUUUACAUACUAUUGAUUUGAUCUGUGAUGAAAUGCUGUUAAAACCUGACAUGGGUGGAAUGGGAAUAAAUUUGCAAUGUAUGAAAACCAAAAAGAAAAGGAAAAAAAAAAAUACAACCUUUCUUUAUUGUACACUACAAAUGUCAAUAAAAAGUCUUUAUCAAA